UAUAUAAUAAAUAAAUAAUAACUAAACUUUAUUUAUAAUUUACAUGAAAGGAAGUUACGUAUAGUAUGAAGCAUUAAACUUAAUUAAGAAAUGAUUUAUCGAAGGAGCCAGGUGGUUAGAAUUUAGAAUAGAGUUUCUUUGAAUAUUUGGGAAACUUUUAAAAAGCCUUGAUAAUAACUUGAAAAUGGAGGCAGAUAACGAGACAAAUUUGAAAGUAAAAUCACGUAAAUGUAAAUCUAUUCUUACUGAGAAGAAGCUUCGACUUUCCCUAAAGUAUAGACCUAAAAUUUUGAAACUAAUAUUAAAAUUAAGACUUUGCUUGACUAAGAAAAAUUAUAUAAUUAAAAAGUUAACUCAGCGACUUAAUAAAAAGUACCAUGAAGCAUCAACACAAACUGAUGAUUGCGGUACAAGUAAAGAAAGUGCAAACCACAAAUCCAAAGAAGCAAUUCCUAAUGAAGUGAAUGCAAAGAAAGACCAAAACAAUUUAGCCUGGUCUAUAAAUGAUAACAAUGAGAAGACUAUAGCAGAUCAAGUCAAAGAAGUAGCCCAAAGUGCUUUGCAAGAAUCUGGAAUGGUUUAUGUAGAAUCAGCUGGCAUGUACUAUGACUACAAAACUGGUUAUUACUAUAACUCUGAACUAGGAUUAUACUACCACACAGACACAAACUGCUAUUAUUACUAUUCAGAAGAAAAGAAAUCUUUUGUCUUUCAUUCAUAUCCUGAUAGAAGCGCAGAGAACCCUAACCAAAUUGCGCAUGAGAGAAAGAAAAGCAAACAAAAAAGGGUGGCGAAUAACGACGAUAUUGAAAACCUAACGAACAAUCUAUCUAAGGAAGCGCCGAAACCAAAACGCACCAAAAAAGAAAAACCUCUUGUUGAAGAAAACAAUGUAGAACUUGAAGAUGGAGAAUGUAGUAGUUCAGAUGAUGAUGCCGCUAGUACAUCAACUGCAACUGAUGAUGAAACAGUUGCGAAACAUCACCCGCCGUGUAUGAGAGUGAUUGUGCGCGAAACGACUCUCCCAAAAUUGAAAGUUGGUAGUUUGUUCCUGGUGACCAAAGAUGGCGGCACCAUAGGCAGGGAGGGCGAACACCAUUCCAUUGUAUUGCGAGACCAAAAUGUGUCACGGGAACAUUUACAUAUCAAAUAUGACCUCGACCGAAGAACAUAUUUUGCUGUGGAUCUUGGUUCAAAGAAUGGUACUGUUCUGAAUGGUGUCAGAUUGUCACCGAGUCAGGAGACCAGUUCACCCAUAGAGAUUGUACAUGGAAGUACAUUACAACUAGGUGAGACGAAAUUGCUUUGCCAUAUUCAUCCUGGCACUGACACAUGUGGACACUGCGAGCCUGGACUUAUUAUGGAGAUGCAAGACAAAGAAAAGAAGGCCUAUACAAGGACGUGCGGCGUGAAGAAGCAGCAUGAACUUGAAUUGGCGAGAUUGAAGAACAAAUACGCACCGAAAUUGCUGGAAAUCGACCAAAUUUCUUACAAAGACAGAGCUCAGAUGAGACGAGAGAAAGUUGGCUCGUCACACCACGCUGAAAAGACCCAGACGAGUGAUAUUAAUACGUGUAUAACUCCUGAGAACAAAGGCUUCAAGUUGCUUCAGAAAAUGGGCUGGUCCAAGGGUGAGGGACUUGGAAAAGACAAUCAGGGUGACCAGAAUCCGAUCCCGCUUGUAAGCAACGAAGGAAAAACAGGUCUGGGUGCGACUCCGACUCCUGAGCCACUGGGUACACUCGGACCUGCGACUAUGAGACUCGCGGCUAAAACAAAAAUGCUCCAACCGCCUGCCAAAGCGUUCCAAAAUGAGCCUGAAGAUGAAUUCGAAUAGAUGCCAUUUCUUGCUGUUAAACACUACAGUUUCAGAUGGAAUAGUUAUCCAACUGAAAUUAUUGAUGGGUACACACUACACAUACAUAUAUAUAUAUAGGAAGUAUGAUAAAUUUGUAAGAGUAAUAUCGUGAAUAUUAACUUGGUUUCUAUAUAGCUUGUUGACGUUAUAUUAUAUCUUAUAUUUUUUUGCCAUAUUUGUGUGUGUUUCACCAUACUUACGUUAUCUAUGUUCAUAGAAUGUUUAAUGUAUUUUUAUUAAUUUAAUUAUUUAUUAAUACUAGUCUAUUUUUGCGAACGAAAUAGACUAGUAUGGAUAGAAAAGUAUAAUAUAGAAACAAAAAUUUACCAGAGAUUUUUUAGAGAUUUUUGUCAGUUCCCUUUAUUUGUAUCUAGUACACGUUUCACGCUGUGUAAAUGUUAAGUUAGUUUUUUUUAUUACAUAAUUGUACAAUAUGCGUGCAUAAUACAUAUUUUGCCAAUUUAAAAUUAAAUAGCCAAGUACGUAGACGUUGUAGAAAGAAAGUCCAUUGGUGCACAGCCGGGGAUCGAACCUACGACCUCAGGUAUGAGAGUCGCACGCUGGAGCCACUAGGCCAACGCUGCUCACUAUCUAGAUACCUAAUCGAAUAGUUAAUAUAUAAUAAUCAGUUUCGUAUUUGAGACUAAGAGGAAGCGCAAACAAAUAUUUUUAAAUAACUUAGUAAAUGUGGAAAAUCGACGUGCUUCACCAAAAUAUUGUAUUUGCUAAAGGUCAGAGCUUCAUGUAAAUUGAGUAAAAUGUGAAAAUCAUUGAAAUAUACAAUUAAAGUGUAAUCACUCGCGUUUAGAAUAUUAUUGAUUUACUAAUUAUCCGUUACUACGUUUCAUAGUUGUCAUAGUUUGCAUUUUAUGUUGUGUACAUAAUUCUCUAUUUUUAUACCUUUGUAUUUGGAAACGAAAAAUAUUAAUAAUAUUUAUUUUCUUUGUGUAAGUCCGAGGUGUUCUUUUUGAUCUUUCAUUCAUUUAAGGCUUUUAUUGCUUUUCACACCAGUGGCAAUUUUGCGUCACGUCUAAUGCAGUGUAUUUUAUAAAGGCUUAUUAAAUGUGUUCCUUCUGGAAUGAUAGAAUAUAUAGAUAUAUAUGAUCAUAAAGUUCUAGGAUUUAAUUAAAGUUGUUUAUAUAGGAUA